AUGGACCAACAUGAAGAGCAGGACAUCAGUUCUCCCAUGCCUAUUCUCCGAAGACUGGAUCGUCUCGAUCGUUUGCUGCAAUUCUUGGAACACAAGCAUUGCUUGUCAGCAAGCCAUUCUUCUAGCUCUGCCUGCAAAACCAUGGAACCAGUACCAGAAGAAGAUCAGUGUAAGACUCUGUCAUCUGCCAUUGAAGAAACACAUCAAAAAGGCACAUUGAUGGAAAGAGUAGCUGUGCUCGAAAACCGGGUAUUACAGUUAAGCCAUGAGAUGGAUGAAGAAAAUGCAUCAAGGUCUAGCUGUUCCACCAUUCUAGUAUCUGAGGACAAGCAAGACCCUUUCAUAACUCAAGAGUGUUCUUCAGAAGCAUGUGUAAGAAAGCCACAAGGUUCCAAGAAAGGCAGAAAAAGAAGAAACAAUCUUGUCUCCAUCAUUCAGUUGAGAGAAUGGUUUAGGUGGGCUCGAAUGGGAUGUUAA